UUCGUUUCCUAGUCGUUUUUGUGCUGUUUCGGCUGCUCCAUCUUCUUCGUCUCUCGCUCUGUCUCUUUCACGCUUUCUUCUCCUUCUCUCUCCCUCUCAUUUCAACCUGAACUCUCUUCAAUUUCCUCCCUUGCUGUACAACACUGCACUGACAAGUGACCCGCUUCCCACCAAUUCAAAUUUUUUUAAGUUCGGCCAUCGCGAAGUGUUCGAGCCAGAGCUCAAAGGAGGUCUGCGGCGAUGCCUGUUCCCGCUAAGCCCCGGCUGGUGGCUAAGCCCGUGGCCGAGCCGCGAGCCGUCCUCGGCCCCGGAGGAAACAGAGUCGCCAUUGCCGAAGAUCCGAAGCGCCGGGGUGAGCCGCAGAAGCCGAGGAAGCCGGCUGCGGAGGUGCCGGCUUUGGCUGUGAGGAGCGGCGCCUCCGUGGACAGCACGUGCUCCUCGGACUCGAACUCGAACUCGAACUCGAGCAGCGCUUCCUCUGUGAAGAAGAUGGCAAAGGGCAGGAGGACGGCGAAGAGCGUCGGAGCAAGGGCAGGCCCCGGUGCUGAGGAUGGUGGCAUUUCUGGUCCGUUCAAACGGUGCGACUGGAUCACAGCGAAUUCAGAUCCUCUGUAUACUUCCUUCCAUGAUGCAGAAUGGGGUGUUCCUGUUCAUGAUGAUAGGAAGCUCUUUGAGCUGCUGGUCUUUUCACAGGCAUUGGCAGAAUUAAGCUGGCCCAUGAUUCUACAGCUGAGAGAUGUAUUCAGGAAGUCUUUUGACAAUUUUGACCCAUCAAGCGUUGCUCAUUUUGAAGAGAAGACGCUCCGUGUGAAAGUAAAUGGAAAACCAUUGCUAUCUGAACCAAAGCUCCGUGCAGUCAUUGAGAACGCCAAACAGACCAUCAAGAUUCAGGAGGAGUUUGGUUCCUUCAGUAACUACAUUUGGAGUUUCGUUAAUCACAAGCCUAUAAGAAAUGGAUUCCGUUAUGCUCGUCAAGUGCCCAUAAAGACGCCGAAAGCAGAGUUCAUUAGCAAGAACAUGAUGCGAAGAGGCUUCUGUUGCGUCGGGCCGACUGUCAUCUACUCGUUCAUGCAAGUCGCGGGAAUGGUCAAUGAUCAUCUAUUGUCAUGCUUCAGAUACAGAGAAUGCAAUGCAGCUGUCGAGAGGGACUUCAAACCUAAGACAGAGGAGACACAAGUAACAAACGAAGGUUCGGGAGCCCGCGCCCACCUCAAAGUCGAAACUCAUUAGAGCAAAAACUUACCUGCUAACCGAUGACAAUAACUCGGAGGAGGGAAAAAUGAUAGGGUCUCGAUACGGUGGAGCAUUUGCAACUUAACGAUGUUCUAGUAUAGCUAUUCUUGUCUAUUCGCUUGUAUAAUAUUGUGUGUAUUAAGAAGUUGUUGACAUUACGUUAUGAGGACUGCCUUGUUGAUGUAAGGUUGUGAGAAAUUUAUCCGCUUUGCCAUCUU